UAGCAGGAAGGAAAUCACUUGUGAUUUCACUCAACAGCAUCCAGCCAGUAGUAAGUCUGCAGUUUGCCUUUUCUCUAGAGCACCCUGGACUGGGGCAGCCUUGUGCAAGUUUACCGAGCAUAUUUCCUCCCUGGUGGGCUAAAUGGUAUGUGUAAUACCUAUAGGAACUUCACACUAGCUCUUAAGAGUUAAAUGCUUUGUGACUAUUAGCCGAAAGUCUGAAAAAUAGUAGAUAGAAACAGUUGCAAGAGAACACUGGGAUUUCCUUGCUUGUUCUGAAAAAGUAUGAGAGUAUUAGAUGCCCUUCAAAAAAAUCACGUUUUAUGAGACUCAGGAUGGGUCUCAGGCCAUGUCUGUCUCUAGUUACUGUUCCUUUUUAUUUUCAGGCCAUGUCUGUCUCUAGUUACUGUUCCUUUUUAUAGUAUGAUUCCUCAAAAGAGUUUUCCAUAUGAGCUUUUCCAGUUUUGACUGUGAAAGCACUCCAGUCGGGCUUGCCACUCCACUGAAGCGCCUGUCAAGGUUAGCAGUGAUGGCCAGAUCGAGAGGUCCAAUCUUCCCACUUGACUUUCAGUCCUGUUUGACAGGGUUGACCAUUCUUCUUGAACCACUUUCUUAGCUUCGUUCUGCAGUGAUGUGCUACCUUGCGCCUCUGUCUCUUGCUUUAGUUCUAACCUUUUCCCAGGGAUUUGUUCUUGGACUUCUUUACGCUCAUUCCCUUACUGAAACCCACAUUCUUUUCAUGGCUUUAAAUACCAUCUCUGUCAAAGACCCAAGUUUAUAUCAGCUUCUCUCUCCUGAGCUCUAUAGAUGAUGUUUUCAAUUGCGUAUUUACUAUUUUGGUUUGGCUAUCUAAUAAACCUCUCCCCCUUAAAGUGUUCCACACUGUACCCAGUUUUGUUAGGACUUGACUCCUGGUGUUGCUGAGUGCAGCAAACUCCCAUCUCUGCCUACUGCAAAUACGGAUUUCCCAAACUGGAGGACCAUGAAGAAGCAACACCUGCAUUCACCAGUUUAGCCUCGGCAUCUAACUUGUUUGCCACCAGUGUUUUUAUCCUGGGUGCAUAGGGCUGUACUUACAUACAUUCUGCCUGAUUGUUCACUUCCAGCCAACCAGCUGAUGGUGGUAAAGUUGAAGAAGCGACAUAAGGAAGUACUUCAGAAGUGUGAUCUAGGGUCAGUUGAGAGGAAAGAUAAGGCCUGAAAAGAGCUUGGUGAUCUGGGGGAGAGGAAGCUAAAUGGUCUGAAGAGUAAAUGGAAUGUCGAGCGAAUGGAGAGACUUGCCUGUGAAGAGAAGGCGGGAAGAGUGGCAGUAGUGGCGGAUGGUGGAGGUGGUUUAAGGGGGGGUGAGAAUGUGGGUAGGGGAGGGAAUAGAGGGAGUGAGACCGGAGAACACCUGGGUGGAAUGAGAUCCCUGAGGGGUCUGGAGGCUGCAGGAGCCAGAGCACAAAUGGGGGGAUUAGCUCUAGCCUUCAAGCUUGAUGGGUCCUCAGGGAAAAUAGUGGGUGUUUGUGUCCUAGGCCAGUUGAAUCCAUCUCUGGAAGUGCGGCCAGGACUAUAAUGUUUUAAAAUCUCCCUUGGGGAGGCCCUUCCAUUAUGGCCUGACACGAGAAGCUAGCUUCUGUUUGCUUCUUCGACCACUAAGGCAGAUGAUGUUGGUUCUGACAUGGAACGAACUCCAAGGUACGUAUGUAUGUAGAAGAGUGUGCGACUUGUUCCCAUGGAGCCUAAGAAAAGGGUAUUCACGUGCCUGUACUUGUAUAUACAGAAGUCAUAAGAAACUGGUACUGGUCUUUAAUCUCAGAAGACGGAGUCUGGGCUGCAAUGGAGGGUUGCUUUUUGUGCUCUUUACAGGGUCCUUCAGCAGUGUCCCCGGCCUCUACCCACUGGAUGCCAGUAGUAUCCCUUCAGCUGUGACAACCAAAAAUACCUCCAUUGUCAGAUGUGCCUUGGGGGCCCAGACCACUCCCCAGUUAGGAACCACUCUCCUGCAGCAACAACAGAAUUCUUAAAAACGAAAGUACCACCCAUGAUUCCUGGAACAUUCCAGGUACUCUGCAGAUGUUUCCUAAUUUUCUAAAACUUGUCCUUUUCCCCUCUUAAUCAUCCUUGAUUUACAUGUCUAAUACUAGCUGUUAUUGGUCAGGAUAGAAUACACUGAAAUCCCAGUGGCGUAACAAAGGUUUAUUUCUUAGAAUGUUGGAUACAAGUUUGGUGACUGCAGGCAGGUGUCCUCCUGCAGUGUCAGUGACUCAGUUUACUUCCACUUUGCCGCUCUACCAUCUUAGCACGUGGUUUCCACGAUGGCAGAGGCAGGGAAAGGACAGGUUGGCAAACAGGCACCAGCUCUUACACGCUUCAGUCCUGAAAUGACGUGUGACAUUUGUUCUGAGCCCAUUGACCAGCGUGGGUCACAUGAACCGACCUAACUGCAAGGAGUCUAAGAAGGGAGAGCCCAGGGAUAUUCGGAUAUUCGGUGAGUCAAAAAAUGUCUGCUGCGGUUGUUAACAGCGUUCUCCGUGCUGGCUGAUGUUCUGAGAACUGCACGGCUGUUAACUAAUCCUCAUAGCGACUUCGUUUUGCAGGCUACGACGCAGGGAGGUUGCAAGGAUGAGCAGAGCUGGAGCCAAGACUGCGACGGGCGGUCUAGCCCAGCAUCUGUUUCACCACUGCCUGCGCUUGGCGCCGAGCAGGUGGGUCUCCCCUUUGACGCUUCUCACCUAUGUAAUCCUUUUCCCUUUACAUCUCUCACAUCCUGGAUUAAUUGCUCCUCUGGGCAAUUUCUUUUUUUUUUUUUUUAAGUUUUAAGUAGGCCCCCUGCUCAGCAUGAGGCUUGAAAUCAUGACCCUGAGGUCAAAAGUCGCAUGCUCUACUGACUGAGCCAGCCAGGCGCCCCUCCUCCGGGCAAUUUCGUGUCAUGUGAACCCAUUGUCUAGAGAGAAGGAUGCCCUCAGCAUUGUCCAUUACAAGCACAGAAACUCUGACCAUUCUGUCUGGUGCCACAGCUCAGACCCACUUAAGUUCUUGAUAGAAGGCGUAAAAUGGGGGCGCCUGGGUGGCACGAGGGGCGCCUGGGUGGCACAGCGGUUAAGCGUCUGCCUUCGGCUCAGAGCAUGAUCCCGGCAUUGUGGGAUUGAGCCCCACAUCAGGCUCCUCCGCUAUGAGCCUGCUUCUCCCACUCCCCCUGCUUGUGUUCCCUCUCUUGCUGGCUGUCUCUAUCUCUGUCAAAUAAAUAAAUAAAAUCUUAAAAAAAAAAGUGUAAAAUGGCUUCUAGAAAGUCAGACCUUAUGUGUAAUAUCUACAGAUUCCCUGAAGAUGUGCCAUUCCCACGUUCUGCUCCCUCCCACUGAGUUUCUGAAAGGUGAGGCAGUAUGUUGUGUGGAAUCUCUGUGUGCUUCAAGAGAGGGAGCCUGUGUUCCAGGUCCUUAGGUCAACAUACAACAGCCCUGCAGUUUAGGCUGUGGAUCCCACUUCCAUGCAUGGGAAAGCUGAGGCCCAGAGAGGCUUCUAGAAGGCUUCAAGGUCACAGAGCAAGGAAGUGACAGAGUGGGCAUCAAGUCCAGUGGGAUCAGCCUUGAAGGCUGCAAGGGAAAACCCCUGCUCUGCCCCAGUCUCUUUCCCAAGACUAUGGUGGGUGGAGUACUCAGCCUCCCAAAGCUUCAAAGCCUGUAUCUAACGUUCUUGGCACAUUUGGUUUUCCACGCCAGGAGACUGAUGCUACCAGAGGUCAAUGGGAGCCGCUCGAAGAAAAGGACCUGCUUGGAUGAGUCUGGCUUGCUCCUCAUCUUUCACCUUUUGUACUUUUUCUCUCCUUCAGGGACAAUCUGGCAGGUCUCAGUGUUUUUCUCCUGUCAACUGAUCUACCACUUCAGUGGCCCUGAAAUUACUGAAAGAGCUUCCACACAGGCAGGCGGCUCCAGUUUUGCUCCCUCCCACUCCCCUUCCCCUGUGGAGGCUGCUCUUAAGAGGCAGGAGAGGCACAGUCUUUACUGAAAGAUUUGGCCAGUGGUUCCGGGAGAGGAAGCUGCCAGAUCAUGUCAACAUCUAUCAUCUCUGGCUUUUGAAAAACUUCAAAUGACACUGGCUUGUGGGUCAAAUGUCAGUUCAAGGCCAUAGCUCCCUGUGUUUGGAGGGGAUGAGUGAGGGGGGUGGCUGAGCUUGGAGGGCCGGGGGCACACAGCCCCCCCUUUCCUCCUACUUGAAAGUAACUUACCAAGGGUAUAGUGGCAGCAUUCUGGAACAUGUGGCCGCAGCUGAAGAUAAGAUUAAGGGCGAAGCCAGGCUGGUUGUUCCAAGAACGUGACUGGGUUGGCUACCGUUGUGAGGUUUUCAAGGGUAAAAAGACGAGAGGGUGGAGCUCUCUAGUUUAAAGCCUGAGUACUUGCAACUGCUCCCCUCUCUCCCAACCAGAUGUGAGCUCGCCCUCUUUUAUUCUCUUUGUACCCAUCCACGGCUUUUGCUUUCCUGCGCGUUGUAGAAAACAGAUGCCUGACACCCCAGGCCUUCCUGACAGGAAUUCAGAGUAUUUCUUCUGGUUUUGACCCAGUUUCCCGACAAACAGCAUGUGACUGGUCUUAUUGGCCGCACACCUCCUGACAAGGACAGCUGUGUGUUUCGUCUAAGCACCCACAUGCUGUUGACCUAUAUUGUGUAGGUCUCGUAGUGGAGAGCUCACUGUGCAACGCGGCAUCCAAGAUUUCAAAUCAACGUAAUGGAGUCGUUAGCCAAGGAAAAUUCUGUCAGGCAUGCUUUGGAAAUAAUUUUAAAAAUAGCUCACAUUUACGAACGUCAAUUUUAUACCAGGAAAAAUUCCAGGCGUUUUGUAUACACAAUCGAAUUCUCCCACCGUCUCUCUGAGAUCAGGUAUUAUUAUUCCCAGUUACACAUUAGGAGACUGAGGCGCGCAGCGAUAAAGUCGCUUGCCCAAGGUCACAGAACCAAUUAGUGGCACAACCUGGACUUGAACCCGGGUCUGUCUGGCUUCCCGACCCGAAUCUCUGUGUGAUUUAGUUCAAACUGUUCAGGCCAUGGCAUCAUCUUAAGUGCUUCAAGAGUCAGGAAGUCGGUGAAUCUAUAUAACAUGCAGCCCAGUUUCAAAAACAAGAUCUAAUUCCUCUGCUUUGUUUUUUCACUCACACUCACCCAGCGGCUCUGAGGCCCCCUGGGUCCAUCUGCUGCCACACUGGAAGAUUCUGCCAGGCUGGGAAGAGCUUCAUUCCUUCUCGCUGCAUCCAGGUUGGCAGAGAGUCGGCAGCAGCCCUCAGACACGCGUCUGUAACCCUUGCAAACACGGCAAGACAGAUGGUGCAACUGCUGAGUAAUGGUGGCUUUGGCUGGGGCCUGUGCUUAUUUGGAUUUAUCUGUAGCUGAAGCCCUGAUGAUUUCAUUCACAGCUCUUCAUUCACUACUUCAGAUGCGUGUGGCAGAUCCUGAGGGCCGGGCGCCGGGGGACGGCUGGGAGCCGAGGCAGAAGCAGCCCUAUGCGCCGAAGGUUUCUUCUUUUCUGGGGAAGGGGACACUGACCAAUGACUACAUCAUGUGCUUGGUGUGUCUGUAGGCUAAACAAGGAUGCCUAUGAGAACGGGGGGUGGGGGAGGGUACUGGCCGGGGCCUGGGACAGGAACGGGUUCCCAGAAGAAGGGCCCUUUCCCCUGAGACCUGAGGAUGUGUCCACCAGUCAGGUGUUGAGGUGGACUGGGGUUUGGGGCUCCUUUCCAGAUGGAGAGGGAUGGCAACUGCUGAGAACUGGAAGUGAGAGAGGGCAUGGGGUUUAGGAGGAACUGAGAAGUGCUCUGUGUUCUUGGAACUUAGGGAGUUUUGGGGUUGGGGGGAGAGCGGGUAAACAUGAGCCCAGGGUAGGCUGGGGCAGGGCCCGGCGUGGGCUCACCACAUAGAGCCUAGAGAACCCAUCAAGAUAUUGCUACUGAAGCCUGCUCCUCAGAGAGCUUGACUAGAUUUUACUCGCCGUUUCCUGGAUUUUAUUCACCUUUCUCUGUUUGUGGGGGGCCCCUACUCCUUCAUGCCCUGGUGCCAGGACUUCCCUGGUGCUGAAAUCUCAGAGAUGUGAGAGGCACUUUGCCUGGCUGUCCCAGGGUGCAGCUCAAUUCACCGAAGACUUUCUGUCCUGUACUUCAUCCUCUAAGUCUUCCCAUCACUCGGUUGAGGAGAUAGCGUUCUCCUUCCGUAAAGGAAGGAACAGAAGCUCAGAGGGGUGAGCCCACCUGUGCAAGUUCACGUGCCAGUAAGUGAUGGAGCCUGGAUGGCCAGUUCCAAAGGCCCACGUCUGCUGUGCCUCCCCAGCAAAGAAGACGGAUGUGUCUGCACGGAAGUUCUUAAGGGACUGAUGCAGUGAGAAUGCGGAGUCAAGGUCGCCUGGCAGGAGAGGCAGGAGGACGCUAUCCAGCUUCAUGGAAUAGGCAAGCAAAGCUGCGUUGGCCGCUCCAGAAUGAACCACAGCUCCAAGAAGGGGAAGUAGAGCCCAGCUGGCUCUCUGCUAUGGCCUGUGAACCACAAGUGGGCCCCAGCGGGGCACCCAGCCCGUUGUCCACCUCCUCUCCUGGCUGGAGUGCCUUGCCUGGAGGGAGUCCUCCGGGCUGGGGGCAAGAGCUCCGCAAUGGCCAGGUCCUCACGGUUCUCCGGAUCGACAAUACCUGUGCCCCCAUCUCCUUCGAUCUGGGCGCUGCCGAGGAGCAACUGCAGACCUGGGGCAUUCAGGUCCCUGCCGACCAGUACAGGAGCUUGGCCGAGAGCGCCCUCUUGGAGCCCCAAGUGAGAAGAUACAUCAUCUACAACUCCAGGCCCAUGCGGCUGGCCUUUGCUGUGGUUUUCUAUGUGGUGGUGUGGGCCAACAUCUACUCCACCAGCCAGAUGUUUGCCCUGGGGAACCACUGGGUGGGUGUGCUCCUCGUGACCCUGGCGGCCAUGAGCCUGACCCUGACCCUCGUACUCAUCUUCGAGAGACACCAGAGGAAGGCCAACAGCAACACGGACCUUAGGCUGGCGGCUGCCAACGGAGCGCUCCUGAGACACCGGGUGCUGCUGGGGGUGACGGACACGGUGGAGGGCUGCCAGAGCGUGAUUCAGCUCUGGUUUGUGUACUUCGACCUGGAGGACUGUGUGCGGUUUCUGUGUGACCACAUUCAAGAGAUGAAGACGAGCCAAGAGUCCUUGCUGAGAAGCAGAUUGAGCCAGCUCUGUGUUGUCAUGGAAACCGGGGUGAGCCCCGAGACAGCCGAGGGGCCUGAGGACCUGUUGGAGGAAGCCCCUCUCCUGCCCGGCGGCCCUGACUCCGAGGAGAGGCCCCUAAUGCAGACCGAGCUUCGCCAGCUUGUUCCUGAGGCUGAGCCAGAGGAGAUGGCCCAGCAACUGCUGGCGGUAUUUGGCGGCUACUACAUCCGGCUCCUGGUGACCUCGCAGCUCCCCCAGGCAGUGGGGACACGACACACAGACUCUGCGGGGAUUCCCUGCCCCUGCCAGCUCAUAGAAGCCCAUAUCUUGGGUACUGGGUGCUGCCCCUUCCUGGCCAGGUGACCUCGGGAGGAAGGCACCCGGCUUCCUGCAAGACUCAAGGUGAGACAUCCGGAAGGCUAGGAGCCCCAGCCGGCUGAAGGCGAGCCCCAGGUGAGGAGAGAAGCAUCUGGGAGCGCUCUGAAGAGUGUCAGUCAUGUCAGCAGCAGGGGUAUUGUGCUCACUCCAGGACUCUGCCCCGAAAUGUCUGUUGACAUCCCAUGCUGACCCCUGGCCUUUUCAGAAGCUGCUGCUUGCCGAGCUGGUACUCCCAGUGUUGUUUAGAACCGGGGCGUGGAUAGAAGGCCGCACUCGUAUGCCUUUCAUGGUUUGGAGAAACCAGGAAAUGUGAAGAGGACCCUACUGGGCCAACCCAAGUGUCCAAAGCUUGGUCUCAGGUGAUGCUCGCGUCCUCAACUGCUUCAUGUCAGAUGGGGAAACUGAGCCUUGGAGAGGACUCUGCUCUCUGUAGCAUUGCCUUGGGCCUCUUGGAGUCCUAAUCUGAGGGAAGGAAGUCAAUUCUCAGAAUGUUCUCCACUUUUAAGUUUCUCCUGCCCUGUAUCCUAUGAAAAACUCCGUGUUGUUUGCUGGCACACAGACUUCCAGGGGACAGAAGAACGAGACCAACAGCAUGUCACUGACGAUGGAACUCUUUGGAAAAGAUCGGUCUGUCUGUUCCGGGGAUGUGUUUUGUUUAAAGGCAUGCAUGCUCGUGGUUGUGGUUUCUUCCUUCAGGCCUAGAGCCACAGUCCUCUGUUUCUUGACACUAACACUGUCCUGCAAUGAAGCGAUCUGUCACUCGUGGCGUUCCAUGAAGAGCUCGGGGGCUUCUGGGUUCUCUGCUCCUGAGCCAAGUUUGAAGACCAAUUAUUCCAUAGGCCCAAAUCCAGAAGACCUGCCCUGGCAGGCAGAGGCUUCCCCAGCCUCCAGGAUCCAGCCCUUAUCUGUAGUUUUAGCUUCAUCUCCCACAAAACUUCUUGCUAAGUUGAAACUCUUUCCUGGACUAACAUGUCUAUUCCGUUGCAUCUGUUGAACUCCUGUGCAUGCUUCAAAGCCCAGCGUUACUUGCCCUCCUUCAGGAAGCCUUUCCACAUAGAACAUGCCCUGCUUCUCUGCCUCCUUUAAAUUCUUAACGUAGCUGCUGCCUUUAUUGAAUUUUUAUGUUAUUCUGUUUUCCUGUGCACACGUGUGUUUUUUCAGCUAGACUAAACUCCUGAAGGACAAAGAUCUCACCGUAUAAUUUUUGUGCAUGGCCUGGACCUGCUAAGGAAAAAAAAACCCGGUAGAUUGAGUGCUUUGUCAUCUACAUAGUAACAUUUGCAGAUUGCCCUCUCUAUCAGUUGAAUGAUGAGGUUGGCCCAGACCUGGGUUCUGGUCCUGACUGACAUUUCCAGCUGCACAGCUUUUGGUCAGUCCUCAGUUUACUCCUCUCUAUGUUAAUGGGUAUAUAGUAGACGGGUUGGAUGAUUCUUGAUUGCCCUUCCAAAGCCAAAGUUCUGGCUUUUUCUGUUUCAGUCUAGCCCUUGGCCUAUCUGUUACGUUUGUAUCUACGUGCAGAAGGUCCUCUAGCCUUGCGUGACCGAGGUGUCCCAGACCUGAUGGGCCUUUGGACAGAACACGGGUCUAGGGAGCGGGAGACCUGGCUUCUCAUCCCAGAUACGCUGCUUCCUAGAAGCACGACCAUUGGCUACGCCACUCACCCUGUCCGAGGGCCAGUUUACUCCUUUACGAACGGAUCUGGUGAACAUGAAAGGUAAUCGUGUGGGUGACUUGCUGUGUAAGAGACCAGUCUGACCGUUUGCUUUCUCUGAGCCAGAGAAGAGAAAUGGUGCCCGUAGACCCACCCUUGGGAAUGGGCACCUUACGAUGUUUCUCUGUAGCCAUUUCUCUGCGGGCAGCUCUGUGCAGUAGGAGUAACCCAUGGAGGCAGUCGUGCCCUUCUCACUGCUGCAGGGGAGAUGCGGGCUGGGAACGGGGUCUGCAGAAGCCGGUCUUUAUCAUCCCCCCGUAAAACCCUGCUAAGUCUUGUAAGAGAAUAAAAAUGUGUCUGUUAAAUGACAGAGCAGCUCUUCUUCCAUUUCAGGGCUUACUUACAGACCCUCCUGGAGGUGUUCUUUCCUGCCUUUCCUCUCCAGAGUUUCUGCUGGUCUCACCUGGUGGGCAGAGCAUUCAGGUGCGCCCCCACCUGCUUCCUCUGCAUCUGCCCCUCGGUUUUUCAUUUAGAAAAUUCUGUGAUCGCUGCCUUGCCUACCUCCCAGGGUUGUGUGAGGAUCGGAAUCCAUAAAUGGACACGCGCUCUGCUUGAAGGCUGUGUGCCCAGGACAGGCACGGGGCGGUGCGUGCCCUGCUGUGUCUUGACGUGGGAGUGGAGGGCGUGGCUAAGAGCUUGGAAUCUAGACUGACUCAGAUCCAGGUUCUGCACCUUGGAGCAGCGUCCUUCCCAUCCUCAGGUGUCACUCCUCACAUGUGGAAUGAGGAUAAGAGUACCCCCUUGGCAGGUACUGUGAAGAUUAAAUGUAAAGCACUUGCAACUUUGAGUUGCAAGCUUGAGUAAGAGCACAAUAAAUUGUUGAUGUAUAUUUAUGUGUAUAUAUAUAUAUAUAUAUAUAUACACACACACACAUAUAUAUACAUAUAUAUAUAUAUAUAUAUAUAUAUUUUAAUCUCUCACUAUGUCUUGUAUACCACAGAUGCCCAGGAUAUAUAUUUAUUGAUGCAGUAGGUCAUUAACAGUUAAUGUUUAUUCGGUCUGCAUCAGACCUCAGUUACUCCAGCACCGUGGGGUGUGUUUAUGUGAAUAAAGCUUCUAGUGCAA